UAUAUGGAAAUUCCAUACUGUCGUCAAAUGAAUAAUACUUUAGAAAGAAUUCUAAAAACGUUUUUUAAGUUAAAAAUGUUAUGAGCUCGUGGAGGUUGGAUAAUGGCUGUAUUGCUGAGAUUGACCUGUGUCUGUUAUCCUCUGAGAUCCUCAAUGCAAUCUGCAGCGAGAAUGGCUAUGAAUCCCCGUUCCAACAAGUCCAGCGGCUCCAUAUCCUGUUUGUCUACUAGUACUUCUGCAGGUACCACUCAAGCUUCAACCCAGAUUGACAAUAGAAAGCUUCCUGUACUUCUUUUUGACAUCAUGAGCACCGUUGUUCGUGACCCUUUUUACGAAGACGUCCCCGCCUUCUUCGGAAUGUCUAUGGAGGAACUAAUCGAAUGCAAGGACCCAAAUGCUUGGAUUGAGUUUGAAAAGGGGUGGAUUAAUGAGAAUGUGGAACACUCCAUUUCAUUUUGCACCUUGGCUUUCGGUGUCUCCAUGAAGCUUCGAAGCAAUAAUAGCAUUGACUUACCAGGAUUGUUUUCAGUAGAGCUUGGCAGAAAAUUUUUUAAAGAUGGAAGGCCAUUUGAUUUGGAAGGACUGAAAAAUUGUAUGAGAAGUGGAUAUUCCUACCUUGAAGGUGUUGAAGAAUUGCUUUAUGGACUUAGACAAAAUAACUACGAGAUGCAUGCUUUCACGAACUAUCCCAACUGGUAUCAAAUGAUUGAGGAUAAGUUAAAAAUCUCAAGAUAUUUGUCUUGGACAUUCUGUUCGUGUAAAAAUGGAAAGAGGAAGCCAGAUCAUGGUUUUUAUUUGGAUGCUUUGCAACAUCUUAAAGUUGAUCCAUCGAACUGCAUUUUCAUUGAUGACAGCAAAACAAAUGUGAAUGCUGCAAUAGCACUUGGUAUCAUUGGCCUGCAUUUCAAGGAUGCGAAAACACUGCUUGAAGAUCUUUCUCUGAUGGGGAUUCAGAUUUCAACAGAUGAAGAUAAUUUGGGAUAUAUUUGUAGAUAAGGAGGGGCAGAAAUCAUUUUCUGCUCAAAGAUCCAAAAAGAGUACUUGUAUUGUUCUUUGUCCAAGUGAAAUACAUUAAAUUCCAAUUGUAUGUAAAAUUUUUGUGCCUAGAUUUUCUAAGUGAUUUAAUUUUCUCAUCCAUUUGUUUAAGCAUGAUAACUGUGGAUUGAUGAGAUAUGCCAUUUGCUAUGAAUUGAGUAUUGCAUUUAUGCAGCAUUACCAAUUUGAUAUAUGGACUGAUUGCUAUUGAACUUUUUGUUUUAGCUGGAGUUAUCUUUUCUUAUGAUGCUUUUCAUUUCAUGUAUACUUUGUCAAGUGGGAAGUUUUGAUUUGAAAACAGUUAAUGAUCCUGCAUACACACAGAUAAGUAUUUUUUGGCAAUGAUAGCCAUUUUUCUCACAAAUGAGUUUUCAAAUGUUUUCUAUGCUUAUCAUCUCUUAUAUCUUUUAUGGCAGGAAGGAAAGGAAAUUUGCUACACAAGUUAUGAUGCAGUGGGGUGGUAAGGUUAAGCAUUAAUUUAGAUUACUUUUCAUCAAAUAUUAUAAUUACCUUCAAGCUUUAGUUUGCCUAUUUUGCCUAUUUAAUAUUUGUUAAAGUCCUCUUAAAGGACUAAAGGAGUGUUUGGCACUUGUAGGUGGAGUAUUUGUUUGGAUUGAAAAUCCUGCGAAAGGUUCUCCUAUUACCUUUUAAAUUUUCUUAGAAGCUAUGUUAAAGUCCUCUUGAACGAUUAUAGGAAAAACUUUGUAAAUUUGCAAGCGAGGUUUAAAUUUUUAGGGAGCUUGAAGGUUUAAUAAUAUAUGAUGUUUAUUUAAAUAUUUGGCAGUGAUGCAUACUACACUACAGGUAUCAAAAUGUUUACUGCAUUUAUUUACCAAA